GUUAUGUGUCAAAGUUGUAUGUUGAUGAAAUGAAUUUCUUUACAUAAAGGAUUAUCAGUUCUACACCAGUAUCAAAUUUAAAACUAUAACCAUGCCUGAAGAUAUAGCAGUUGGUCCAGACUUAGAAAGAGUUCUCGAACACCUAGACGAUUUUGCUCUAAAUGAAGAAAAUUACCAAACUAUACAAGAUGCCUUAGAAAAAAGCAAUAAAACCAUAAACGUGACAGUGUUGGAGCGAUUGUUAGCAAUAUGCGUACGUGACCUUAAAGAAGAUAUGAAAAAUCCAUUUCAAGCUCUGAAUGUUUUGAGUGCUUUGUUAAAUAAAGUCAAGACGGGAAGCAUUCAUGAAAUACCAAAUCUUGUGCCAUCGGCUAAUGCAAUUUUACAUAUAAUAAAAACAACGGCUCUGUUUAAUAAAGUGGAGGACUUGAAGGUGUUAUGUUUUGAAAUUAUUCUCUCCUACCCUGACAAUGUACUGAUUACUUUAGCUGUGGAUCAUUAUAUUGAGAUUAUCGAGAUGCUCAAUUUAUACUGCCAUCAAAGGAUACCUAUGCCAAUAAGAUUGCAGGCUAUAAAUGUAAUUAACAAGUUAUUAAAAAUAUUACCACAUGAGAAAAAGACAACAUUUGUGACAGAGGGUAUUGAGAUUUGGUUCUCUAAAGUUGUGCCAACAGUAAUGGCUUUUGCCUCAAGUACAACUGCCAUAAAAAAUACAAUGCCAAUUGAUACACUGGAGAUGCUCACCGAUGAACUUAUCGCAGUUGAUUAUUCUAAUAAUCCCACCUGGCUUGUAGUUUUAGAAUGUAUUUAUACACCACAAAAGUACCCAAAAAAUUUGCAAAAUCUAUUGGAAGCUGGCAAUGAAGUGUGGUACAGACUAUGGAUUAUUUUUACGAAAUUACUUAAAAGCCAAAUUACAAAGAACAUGAGCUCUUUUGGUAGCCCUAUUAACUCUAUGCUGCCGGUAGUAGAAGCUGCAUUUAAAAUGAAUGUCAAGAACAGAUGCAGAGCUUUCCAAUGCUGGAAUGCUUUGAUUGACAAUUUUGCGGUGGAAGCCAAUGAGCCAUAUGUAAACAAAAGACUGAAGUUACUUAUAAUACCACUGGCAUCAAACAAUGCCAAAGUCGAAGAGACUGCACUGGCUAAACUGAAUACAUGGUUGCAUCUAAUAAGAUGUUUUGAAAACAAAAUUAUAAAUUUAUCCCAUAUAGCUUUACUGCCAUUUUUGUACUUCUGUUUUGGUAAACCCAGUGUAGGUGACAAGUCUGUGUCAGCACCAGGGUUACUUACGAUUAACACAAAACGACAAGUACUUCAAGCUUUUUCUAAUAUCAUAGGACAUAAUAACUGUGAUUGUAUAGUAAAUAUGCCUAAGUUCAACAAAAAAAUACUCACUAAUGAUUUAUUAGUUGACCAUUGGAAAGUUUGGACAAAUUCAUUGACAAUGACUAUUAGAAUAUGUGUGAAUGAUAACAGUGAUUCUGUGACACAACAUUUCAAAUGUAUUUGGAAAUCAUUUAUUACGGCUAUUUCCGAACUGCCUGAUUGUACUACAAGAUACAAUUUAUUCUUUGAGCUUUUGAAAAUGUUACAAGUGUUGUUACAGUGCCACCGUUGUGAUAGAUUGUCAGAUUUGGUAUUCCACAUAGUGACAAACUCAAUACUUGGUCACAAUGAUGUAGUGCAACCAGUGUUCCAACUUGGAAAUGAAGAGAAUAAUGCCAUCCACAGUGUCAUAUCUAUAUUGUUGAGCCCUUCUCUUGAUUAUGUGUUCUCGAGAUAUGACACAAAAGAAAUCGUCAUCACAUUAAAGCCAUUAGCAAAGUUUAUUGCUCAGGAAUAUUUAAAGCAAAUGACAGUACAAUGUUUGAAACCUCCACUUGACAAAAACAACAGCCUAUUACUAUGGACAUCGCUUGCUGAAGCCAUUUGUGAACUGAAAUGUGCAACAUCUGUUGAUAUUUUGCAUCAAAUGCUAUUACUUCCUUUAAAAUGUGAUGUAAUUAGUGUCUUUACAUCGGUUGAUAUUUCUGUACAAGUAUGGUUUAAAUUAUAUAAUUUUGCAAACAAUACAGUGGACGAAUGUUGUGUUGAUGAAGACAUUUGCGAAAUUAUCGAUAAUCGUGCUAUUACAGGAACUUCUAAUAAACAUUUUGUAUAUAAAGUUUCACUAACCAUUUUGAGUUAUAGGAUACAAAAGAAUAAGGAAAACGAUAAUUUAAUUUGUAAGUGCGCAGAAAUCUUACAGUACGCCACAGAUGAUAUAAUUUACUCUAUGGAUAACAUACAACUUCUACUGAAAACAAUUAUUUCAAUGGUCAACAAGCUCACCGAAGAAAAUGAUAAACAAUUAGCUAAAAUAACAGUAUUGAUUGUUAAUAAUAUUCUAAAGAUGGUAAUCAAAUAUUUCAAAGAAAUUGAAAAGGAUCUUGAUCACACCAAUUUUAUUUUAAAUCUUCUUGAGCCAUUGGAAUUAUUGUUUGAACAAGAAGAUUAUAGUACAUAUAAAUUAAUAAUAGUUGACGAGUUGAAAAAAUGCAGCAAAUGCUUUAGUGAAAAAGAAAAAAGGAUUCAUAGUAUUAUAAAUAAAAUUGUUGCACAAAAUAAUGGAACAGAAAUUGUAACUUCCAAGGAAACAGAAGUAAAAGAGAAAAGUUCAGAUAAACCUAAUAAUUUCACUGAACCAGAAAUUAAAACUAUAGUUAAAAAGGGAAAGAAAAAGGAUUCAAAUAUUAUGAAUACAGUUGUAGAAAACGGAGAGGAGUACGUUGUUGUAAAUUCUAAUUGGAAAUUUAACCCAAAGAAAUUGACUGAUAAUCAAAAAGAAAAAUUAAAACGCACAAGAGAAGAUAUACCUGCUUUAUAUCAAGAUUUAUCUCAGUCUCAAGAUGAAUUCAAAACAGUUUAUAGAACUAAUUCAGAUUCAACAUCGGCUAGCAAAUCUAACACAUUGGAAAACAAUACUGAAUCCUCGAUGCUAAAGAACAUGCCAUGUUCUAAUGUUGUACCAAAUAUCAUUGAAAAUAUUUUGACUGAAAGUUUGAAGAAAGAUAAAAAAGAAAGUACAAUCUCCGACUCCUCUGAUUCAAAUAAUAAACAGGAACAACAUAUUAAAAAUGCAAAAACACCUCGAAUGGCAAUAAAAGACAGAGUUUUUAGAAAUGUUAAAAAUCUAAUUGAAAAAUCUGGUUUACAAAAAGACGAUUUGAAUUCAACGGUCCAUGAGAAUCUUCUAUUAACACCUACAAGGAAAAAGUCUAUUGAUAAUAAUCUUGUUAAUUCUGCGCCUCCAAAAAUAAAUGCAGAUAGACCUACACGAAUGAAAAGAAAGCCUAAGAAAUUGGAAGAUCACAAGCUAUCACCACUUAAAAAGCGAAGAAGUUCUCUCAAUCAAAAUAACUCCCAAAGUAUAGUUCCUGAGCAGACAGAACAACAAAAUAAAAAAUCCUUUGAAAAUGAAGCAAAAUCAUUUGAUGGUAUUUCAAAACUUAAAGAUAUAACUAAGGACAAUGGGACACAAAAUGAAGACGAUAUUGUCAAAAAAUCUGAACAAAACGUAUCAAAAGAGGCAACAAAUAUCGAAGCAGUUCAAGUAGAUGUUAAAUCAACAGAUAUUAAUCAUACAACUGUAAAUAUACCAAAAACGAUUGAUUUAGAAGCUGACACAACUAAACUUUCAAGAAGUGAAUCUCCUUCAACUAUUGAAAUUGCAACGGCGAAUACAGAUCCUUGUGAUGUAAAUAUUGACAAAGACAAUGUCACCCCAGAUACAUCGAGUAAGGACGGCACUCCAAAAUCUACUAAAAAAGUUGGAAGGAGAGCAUCUCGUAUUGAAAAAGUAUUAGCUAUCGAUAUGGUUGAAGGACAUCCAUUUUUAAGUAAACAAUCUCCAUCUAGACUAACUAGAAAAACUAUUGAAACCAAUGCAUCUAUUAUAACGAGAAAAAGCACUGAAAAAUUAAAUAAACCAAAAUCUGGUAAAAUCUCAAGCAAAAAUAAUACAAAAUCUAAAGAUAAAAUCAAGUCACAAUCAAGCACUGAAAGGCAAAGUGAUUCAAUAGAAGAUUUAAGUACAUCUCAAUCUCAAGAUAUUAUAGAGAGUUCACAAGAUUCUUCAAUAUCAACAAUAUCUAUUAAAUCAGCGAAAAAUCUAAAUAAAAUACCUAUCGUAGCUCUAGAAAAUAUUAAAGAAAUACCUAAAUUAGGUAAAGCUCUUGAACCAAAACAAGACGUUGUUCAAUCUGUGUUCUUUAAUGCUCAAAAUAAUAUUGAAGCUGUACAAAAUACAGUUACAGCUGAAAACAAUGAAGAUAUAGAAUUAUCUCGAAAUAAGACUGUACUUCAAGAUAAAACGAAUGACGUGACAGCAGAAAUGGAUACAGAAUUGGCUGAAUAUAUUUCUAGUUCUGAUGAAGUUACAGAAAUAAAAGAUGAUAAUCCUAUUUUGAUUAUUAACUCAGAGGAAACAUAUGAAAAUGAUAGCCAGGAAACAGCAAAUGCUGAUACACAGCCUCAGGAUCCCGAUCUUUUACUUCAUGAUAUAAAUUUAUCUAAUAUACCAUUGCAAUCUACAGUAUCAGAUGAAAGCAAUAACCAAAAUGAGACAAACACACAAAACGCUGAUACAAAUCCUUUAGAAAACAAAGAUGAUGAUACUUAUUGUUCUCCAUUUAAAGAUGACGUACAAAGAAAACAAGACUUUAUGAAUAGUACUUUAGAGAUAUCACCAAUAAAAAUAUUAAGUCCCAUACGGGAAGAACAAAAAUCGUUAACACCAGAAACUAGUAACGAUUUUGUAGUUAUAAAAUUAUCAUCACCCGUCCAAAGUAACGGGGAACCUUAUAAUAAUUCUAAUUCCCCUGAAAUAUUCACAAAUGACAAAAUAUCUCCGGACAAGAGAGAUCAAUCGCCUCCUAGAAAUGGGCCCAUUUUGAAUAAUUCAAGUCCCAGUUCUUCAUUGUCUUUGAAGAAGAAUCGUCCACAAGUGAGAUCUGGUAGAGCUGCGCAAAUGCUGGAGUUAUGUGUACCUGAAGGGAUGACUAAUUUUGGAGAUAAAUUUGCUGAGCCCGAAGAAAAUAAAAGGUCUCCUGCUACAAAUAUGUCUGCUAGGCGAAAUUUACGUACUAUGUAUAAUUCAGCAAGUGAAAGUAGUGAACCAAGUGAUGACACAGAGGAUAGCAGUUUUCUUAAACUGAAAAGACCUGUGCCGACUGCUGAAAGCAGUCCUUCCGGACCUAUUUUAAAACGGAAAUUACAUGACAUUAUUGAUGACACCACUGUCUCUCCGGCAUCUAAAAGGAAAAGGGUGAGCUUCCACGAUCCUCCAGUUUCGACAACAAUUUGCGUGAAGAAAUACAUUGAACCAUUAGGUAUUCGUUCGCCACAGAAUUCUAUGAUGAAACGUUUAGAAAGACAAGCUCGUGUUCCCACUAAUCCGAAAUCUCCAAAGAGACUGGACACUGUAUUCAAUAAUGUAUUAAGAUUAGAAAAUGCUUUGACAAAAACUGUCGAAAGUUUUGCAGAAAAUGAUAGGACGAGUUCAAAUGACAGUGAAAUGAAUUCACUGGAAGAGACAGUCGUAGAAUUGGCAAAUACUCAUUGGAAUGAUACCGAACCAAUUUGUCCCUUGCUUAUUAAUUGUAAGGACUCGAUAAACAAUAUCAUUGAUGAACUAUCAUCUGUUAAAUUAUCACUAAUAAAAGAUUUUGAAGGUAAAGUGACUACAAUCAGUGAUUUUGCAAAAUUAACAGAAUUAGAAAUUAAUAAAUUUAGCAUUAAAUCACCUAAAAUACAAGUAACGAGAAGAGUUUUAACUGAAUAUUAUAAUAAAAUAAUUAAUGAAUUACCAAAAACUGAUGAAUAUAAAGUAGAAGAAAAUAUUAUAAUAUUGGAUGAUGAAAAAGAUGAAUUAAAUAAUAAGAUAGAUAUAGAAGUUCAAACGGAAUUGAACUCAACGUUAGCUGCAACUCAGACAGAUGCUGCGGGGACAUUCACCACUGAGACACAAACUGUACAAUCAGGAGAAAUGACUACAUCGUGUUUGAUUGCAUCUUUAUCUAAAAAACCGGACUUUAUCAAUCAAUUAUGUGAACAUUUAGACGAACCUACAAAACAGGAGAUUGUAAAGAAAUUACCUAUUAAUUGUAUAACAGAUACAUUAAUCAAAAAAGAUAUUACUAAUUUCGACAUAAUAAAUAAAUUAUUGGAUCAACACAAGAGUUUAUCUCCAAAUGGGACAUUAUCGGAGAUACAAAAUUAUCUAUGUACUAGCUUUAGUACUAAAGAAUUAAUUAAAUUAUGUAGCGAUAUAUUAAGAAAUGUAUCUGAUGAAACAAAUUAAAAAAAAACAAGUUUGAUUAAAAUUAUAAAUAAUUUGAUCCUUGAAGUGGCUAAGUAAUGUAAGGGACGGGGACAGCAACAAAUAUUCCAACGGUCAAGUUGAAGGUUUUCAAGAAUGAAGAGGAACUGGAACAUGAUUUUUUAUUAGUAAUCUUUUUAAUUACGUUUUCUCGUAAAAUUAUUGUAUUUUUGACAAAACAUGUUUCCAUGUUAUAAAGACUUUUUAAUUUAGAAUUAUGGAUAUUUAGAAAUCAUAGGACAGUAUUAUAACUUUUUUAUUAUUAUUAUAAUUGAAAUAUAAUUAGAAUUCAAGUAGUUGGCAACAUUUAUUG